AUGGUUUUAGCUGGUUCCGGAAAAUCUUAUGCAAUCAGUAUCAUUGAACAAAUGCUAACUGAUUUUUGCAUAAGUGAAUCAGCUAUUCGAAAUCGUCCAAGAAGAAGAAGAAAAGGGUUGCUAAAGAUCGCUCAUACUGGAAAAGCUGCUCUAAAUAUUUAUGGAUGGACUAUUCAUACUGCUCUAGGCACGCGUCCUGAUAAUAGAACAACACCGAACAAUGCACCAUCAUUUAAGAUGCAUUCACAUCGAAAUAGACUUGGUGAUUUAAUUUUGAUAAUCAUUGAUGAAAUCUCUCUUGUUUCAUAUAAUCUUUUUCAAAAAGUCAACAAACGUCUAAAUGAAAUAUUUCGAGUAUCGGAUGAAAGCGAUACGUACUUUGGAAACACUCCAAUAUUAUCAUUUGGCGAUAUGGCUUAA